AAGGUGUGGAAAACCGAAGACAGACACACGUGAGAAAGAAAGCGCUAGAAAGAUGGCGAGUGGACGUACAACAUCUGCGUCCGUCCGCGGACCGCGCUUCGCCGGCGCCGGCCGCCGCGGCGCCCUCCUCCUCGCGCUGCUCCUCGCCGCCGCGGCCGCCUUACUCCCAGUAGCCGAGCCUUCCUGCCCCCGAGACAAUUCAGUCGUGAAAGAUAUAAACAAAAUGCACCAGAGCAACUAUGGAAUUGGAGGAUUCUCGCAUAUAACCGUCGCUGGCGCGCUAGCUCACGGCAUGAAGGAGGUGGAGGUGUGGCUCCAAACAAUUAGUGCGGGCCAGAGGACACCGAUCCACAGACACUCGUGUGAGGAGGUCUUUGUUGUCCUCAAAGGGAGAGGCACUCUCUUGCUGGGGUCGACCUCACUGCCGUACCCGGGAACGCCUCAGGAGAUUCCUGUCUUUCAGAAUAGCACAUUCACAGUUCCUGUAAAUGAUCCACACCAGGUUUGGAAUUCUGAUGAACAUGAAGAUUUACAGGUGCUUGUGAUCAUAUCGCGCCCACCUGUGAAGAUAUUUCUGUACGAAGAUUGGAGUAUGCCUCACACGGCAGCGAAGUUGAAGUUCCCCUUCGUCUGGGACGAGGACUGCUUAGACGCACCUAAAGAUGAACUGUAGGUUGGAAAGCGCUCACAUGGCAGCGCAUCGGCCUCAGUCAGCGUACUGGUCAAGUGCGGUGUACAGCUUGCCUGCCUCCUAAAUAAUGCGCAUGUCUGUAACAUCCUUUCUGUUGGAACAACAUUUUCGUGACGGAUUAUGUACUACUUGAGUGCAUGAAGCAGCCUUCUGCAGCAAGAGCUAUUUCCAAAUUUUGAAUUACCACUGUAUUCUAGACUGCAAGCGUCGCUGAUCUUCGUCAGAGGGUCAUUGUUCAGCAGAUUUGGUGUUGAAUCCUGAACAAAUUUUUUAA